CGGUAUUUCUGACAGCACUGGAAGGCACCACGAGUCCAUCCUCCCAUCAGCAGUCCGCUCAACAACAUCUCUCUCCUGGAGGACUCCACCAGACAAACUUCACUCCACCGACUCUUUGAGCUUUAAAAACACCGACAUGGAUGCACUCAAGUCGGCCGGGAGAGCUAUUAUCCGGAGCCCGAGUAUGGCGAAACAGUCCUGGACUGCCGGCAGACACAGAAAGCUUCCAGAGAACUGGACUGACACGCGGGAGACCAUCGUAGAGGGCAUGACCUUUAACCUUCGUCACCUCGGUAUGACACUAGUGGACCAGCCCAAGGGAGAGGAGCUGUCAGCAGCUGCAGUGAAGAGGAUCGUGGCCACGGCUAAAGCCAGUGGGAAGAAGCCUCAGAAAGUUGCUCUCAAGGUUUCCCCUCAGGGAAUCGUCCUGUACGACAGCUUGACCAACAAACUGCUGGAAAAUGUCUCCAUAUACAGAAUAUCCUACUGCACGGUGGACAAACUGCAUGAUAAAGUGUUUGCUUAUAUCGCUCAAAACACCCUCAAUGGGACCCUGGAGUGCCACGCCUACCUCUGCUCCAAGAGGAAAGUGGCUCAGGCUGUGGCUUUGACAGUAGCUCAGGCCUUCACAGUAGCGUUUGAACUCUGGCAAGUGGCCAAAGAAGAGAAAGGGAAAAGAGUGAAGUCUGGUUCAGCUGGAGAGGCCAGCAGUAGUUCCCAAUCAGAGAGAUCCAACAGCUUGGGGAGCCUGAAAGGGACAGUAGAUGUUGCCACAGACAACCUGUUGGACUUUGAGGACAGUGUGAAUGUGGUAGUGGAGACCAAUGGGAACGUAGAGGAAGAUCAGCUGGAUAACCACCGGCCCUCUGAAACAAACAAUAACCCUGCCUGGGAAAUAGAAGAUGGUUUGGAUGAAGCCUUCUCCAGCUGUGCUCUGGAUAGCUAUGGUUCAUGUCCAGAUUGGCAGUGUCGCGUACUAACCCCCAGGUCUUGGACAUUGGGGUGACGCCCCAGGACUGGCUCACUGAACCCGACUGGGACACCGCCAACGGAAACACUCCCAACGGUCUUAGUCCGUUCGGGGACGACAUCUUCGGCUUCUGACCACCACAACAACACAGCAGAGAGAGAGAGAGGACAGCUGAGGGGAGGAGGGGUGUCUUUAUGUCUUCCUAUGAAUUAACAAGGCAUCAAUGUUGUAUUUAAGAUGAGGCAACAGGAAGUCCAUAAGGGAAUAAGUGUAGAGUCGUGAGAUAACGUUUGGCCUCCUCACCUUGUUGUUGCACUCUUCACAUGGACAAUACUUCCCUUCUUUGUGGAAACAGCACAGGCUGCUGCCCCUGCACACCAAAGCAAUAAUAUCAUCCUUAUACGGUUACUGCAUCUGUCCUGUUAUUACACUGCAAACAUCCUUACACACUUAUGUUCACCAGCAGUAUUUGUUUGCUUACAUUUUUUUUCUAUUUCAGUAGUUUUGGCAUCAUAAUCGGUGUUUUGUAUAUGUGUUUAGUUAUAAUUUAUAGAUUUAUAAUUAUUUUUUUAUGGAUGAAGAGUAGGAGUUAAUUCAGACCGUAUCAGCAGGCCUUAAUAACAGCGGGACAAUCAGCCACACUAUAUCUGUACGUUUCACUGGAUGUAGUUCAUGUGAGGAUUGGGCCUUCCACCACCUCGGAUGGAAACUGAAGAUUGUUUUAUGUCUGAAAUGUAAAAAAAAAAUCAAACUAGUUGUAUUUAUAUGAACUCUUUGUAGCAGUGGCUCAUUCAAGACAUGUUGUUACAGGCAGUGUAACAGCGCUCUCUUGAUGUGUUCAAGGUUAUCAGAUUGCGUUGUGGCCAUUUCAUGUACAUUAUAAUCUACCAGCAUUAUACAGAAUUAAAAUAUAUUCAUGAAUAAAAA